GUCAAAUUUAAUCAGCGCCAAAUCUAGAAUUGCUCUUGAGAAAUCAAGAAUACGAGAUACAAACGAGUAUAUGCACUAGAGGAAAGUUGAGAUGAAGUUAAUAUUUUUCGGCAUAAUAAUUGGAACUUUGAUAGUAAAUUCCGAAAGUAAGGAUAAUAUUAAUGGACAUUCAUUUGUAUUGUUAAAAAACCAAAGAUGUGAGACAAGUAAUUUGCUUGCGAUCCUGAGCAACGUUCGUUCCAGGCAAAUCUGUCUUGGGGAAUGUGUGGCAUUGGCCCAAUGCGCAAGAGUGAAUUAUGCGAAAAGUUCUAUGACCUGCGAACUGAUCCCGUCGAAUGAGACAACGUGCUCAAAUACUUUCGACACAAACUGGAACCAUGCACACUUCCUAUGUAAGAACCAAUACAAACGAGACUGUCAGACGUUGCGAGAAAAUGGCUGCAGGCAAAAUGGCGUGUAUACCAUAAAACCAGAUCCCACUAAAGCUAGCUUUGAUGUUUUUUGUGACAUGCACGACGGCGGGUGGACUGUUAUCCAAAAACGUUAUGAUGGCAGCGUUGAGUUCCAUGGCAAAAAUUGGGCAGAAUAUAGAUUAGGCUUUGGGACAGUUUCUACAGAAUAUUGGCUAGGUAAUAGUAAAAUUAAUCGUAUUACAAACUCAGCGAAUUACCAAAUCAAAUUUGACAUGCUGCCCUCUGACAAUGAGUGGAGCGAUGCAAUAUAUUCAUAUUUCUCAAUAAAAAAUGCUACUGGGGAUUUUGAAAUGACAAUAGGACCGUAUGUAGGUGGAACAGCGCCUGAUAGCAUUGGGGGUUCGACAGCUGCUAAUAUGUUAUUAAACGGGAUGAAAUUCUCCACAGUUGAUCGUGAUAACGACCUAGCGACGGGUGCAUGUACUAACCCCUAUGGUGGAUCUGGUUGGUGGUACAACAGCUGUACUGGUGUAAACCUCAACGGCAAUUACAGUUUCGAUGGCAUAUAUCAUGACCGUCAUCUAGGUGUCAAAUGGGGGGGUUUAACACCGUAUGACGGACCAUCUCUAAUGGCAACGGCCAUGAAAUUGAAGCGACAAUCGUAG